CAAAGUCUCCCUCUUCUUCGUCUCCCUCUUCUUCCCCUUCCUUCACGCACGCAUUCUGAUUUCAGAUAGAGACAGAAGAAAGAAAGAGAUCGGGCAGUCUAUAGCUAGUACGUAGGAGAUGAGGAACGGUCGUGGGAGCAGUGAGUCUGAAGCAGGCAAGAAGACCAUGGCGGCCUUCAAGCUCCCCGAGAUGGCGCUCAGGUUGUGCGUGAUCCCGCUCACCUUGGCGUCCCUGUGGGAGAUGGCCACCAACAGGCAGGCAGAUGACACCUACGGGGAGGUCAGGUUCUCCAAUCUGUCUGGAUUCAAGUAUUUGGUUGGCAUCAACGCCGUCACAGCUGCCUACGCGGUAGCCUCCAUCUUGCUAUCAUCCUUCAAGUCCCUCGCGCAAUAUGACUGGCUGAUUUUCCUCCUGGACCAGGCGGCGGCGUACCUGCUGGUGACGUCGGCCUCGGCGGCGGCGGAGGUGCUGCAGCUGGCGCGGCGCGGCGACCGGGAGGUGUCGUGGGGCGAGGUGUGCUCCUACUUCGGGCGGUUCUGCGGGAAGGCCACCGUGUCGCUGGCGCUGCACGCCGCGGCGCUGGCAUGCUUCGUGGCUCUGUCCCUCGUCUCCGCCUUCAGGGUGUUCAGCAAGUGCCAUCCCCCCGGCGCUUCCGCUGCUGACUGCUCUGAACCCGAGCAGGCAGGGGAGCAAGGGAAGUAGGCUGGUGACAGCAGCAUUCGCCUGACAGGCUGAUGUGCCCCCAUUUGCAUAAACUACUAGCUCUCGUCGUCGUUGUCUGUCGAUGCUUGUCAGAGGCACUGGAUGCAGUAGUGCGCAUUUGUGCCUAAGACAUGCCAGUGUUGCUGUAAGGGAAAGGCAACUCCAUAAGCGGUGUAGACACACGGGUUACCUUAUUCGUUUAUUCCGACUACUUGAUAUAUAUCUACAUAUUAAUUCUCUUA